UACAUUUACUGCGGCAAGGAGUAAGCUGGACUAAAAGACUUUCUCCAUCGCUCUCAUCGGCUCACUGUCUCUCUCUCUCGCUCGAAUUUUCUCUGGUUCUGUCUAGCUCUGACUCUUUUUAUCUCUCAUGGUGGCUGUCGUUCUCUCUCACUAGCUCGUUAGCUGUUUAUUUGGCUCGCACUAUCUUUCUCACUGGCUCGCUAUUGUGUUCUCCUCAAGCUCUGUGACAGGGUGCAAGUUUGGCUCUCCACCGAUGGCGUGCUCUGUACAACGCUUCUCCAGCCAUGCUCCGUUUUCUCGAGUAAGUAUUGUCCCAGGGUCCAAACCUUUCCUCACGGACACAUUUUCUGAGUUCAAACAAGGUGAGGUCAGGAGGGUCCCUGGCAUUUCAGAAGAACAACUUCACUGUAAGGUGCAAUCAUCAUCAUGGUUCUGCAAUUUAAUUCUAUCAACUCAUAAUUUUUACUUGGUCUUCUAUGGGGUGCAUAAUCCUAUUUCAAUAAAUUAAUCUUCUGUAUGUUAUGGCAACCGUUUUUGGUAUGGCAAUCCACUUGGGUCAUUUGUGUGAAAAUAACAAUCUUUAGGCCUGAAUUUGUUCUUUUUUCCACGAACCCACAAGUUUUGUGUAGUUACCAAGCCAUUUUCUACUUUCUUAAAAGUGAUAGCUUUGCUCUUUCUGUUACUCUUUUGUUUUUCCUUCUAAUUCUUUUAUUGGCAUCCAUGGCAGCUUUAAUAGUCUUACCUGCCAGAACUGCAACUCAACAAGGACCAGGCAGGUCCCUAUCAAGAUUUGCCACCUUCACUCUUUCUCGUGCCCUUGGCACCGCAACUUCAGCAAAUGAGACUCGGACCCAGAAGCUCGAGCGCAUUGCAGACGAGCUUCUUGACCUUACAAAGAUCGAGAGGCACGACUACUCCAUCCUCUUCAGGCUGAAAAUGGGCCUCAAUCGUUACGGCCCGGCAGUCUCGGGGAUUGGCUCGGCAUCUUCGGAAUCUGGGCCAGCCUCCGCAGACUCCAAGGUCGUUGAGAAGACUGCAUUUGAUAUAAAGAUUGAGAAGUUCGACGCAGCGGCAAAGAUCAAAAUCAUAAAGGAGGUUAGGACUUUCACUGACCUGGGACUGAAGGAGGCUAAAGAACUGGUGGAGAAGGCCCCUGUUGUGGUGAAGAAAGGCGUGACCAAAGAGGAGGCGGGGCCCAUUGUUGACAAACUUAAGGAAUUGGGUGCUACUGUGGUAUUGGAAUGAAAUGAGUUGUGUUAUUUUGUUUAUUUUUCACCUUUUCACAUAGGAUAAGUGAUCGUUGAGUUAAAUGAGAAAUGGAGAUAGUUUCUUCAUAGUUAAAUGACAAAAAAAGUACCAUUUGGAUUUUCUUAAUUACUUUUUUUCUUCUCCUCCUGGUUUUUUAUUUAAAACUUUAUUUCCCUUAUGUUAUAUAGAGAGAUGGAGGAGAUGGAGACAGAUGUCGUGAGGUAUGCAAGACGUUUGUCGAAACACUACUUAUAGUUG